AUGAAUCUGUCGCUCAUUGACCCGUUCGUCCUGGCUCAGGACUACCCUGACACCCUUACAGAGAAAUUGCGAAGUGGCCAUGCGACCUGUCUGCGAUUUAAUCAAACCGGUGACUAUCUAGCAUCUGGGCGGGCAGACGGUACUGUCGUUAUCUUUGACAUCGAAACGAACGGUGUCGCACGCAAGCUACAGGGUCACACCAGGCAGAUCCAGUCUCUCAGUUGGUCGAGAGAUGGACGAUAUCUUCUUACAUCUUCACAGGACUGGAAGUGUAUAUUGUGGGACCUGGAAGAUGGCUCGCGUGUGCGCACAGUGAGGUUCGAGGCACCGGUCUACAUUGCAGAGCUACAUCCAUUUAACCACCUUCUCUUUGUGGCCUCCCUAUUCGAAGACCAACCUGUCCUCGUCGACGUCUCCUCCCCAAAACCAGUCAAGCGCACUCUCCCCUCCGCACCCCUCCGUCCUCAACCUACGAAUGGCGAAGAAGUCGACCCAGCCGUCGCCGCAAAGCAAGCAGCUCAAGACGCAAAACACUCGACAUGCGUCACCAUAUUUACAGCAUUCGGCAAUCACAUUAUCGCCGGCACAUCCAAGGGCUGGAUCAACAUCAUCGAGACAGAAACAUGCAUGACAAUUCACUCCAUGCGCCUCUGCAAUGGAGUUGUCAUUCUCGCCCGCCUCGCCAAUAACGGGCGCGACCUGCUGGUUAACAGCUCCGAUCGGGUCAUCCGCACCGUCCUAAUGCCCGACCUCUCCCAAUUGGGAAUUGACUUCGAGCCCUCCGCCAUCAAACUGCAAGUGGAGCACAAAUUCCAGGACGUCGUUAACAGGCUAAGCUGGAACCACGUCACUUUCUCCUCGACAGGCGAAUUUGUCACCGCAACUACAUUCAUGAACCCGGACAUCUACGUCUGGGAACGCAGCCAUGGCUCCCUCGUCAAGAUUCUCGAGGGUCCGCGCGAGGAGCUCGGCGUGGUCGAGUGGCACCCCUCGAGACCCAUGGUUGUCGCAUGUGGCCUUGAGUCCGGCUGUCUGUAUACAUGGUCGAUCGUCAGCCCUCAGAAGUGGUCUGCGCUGGCCCCGGAUUUCGGCGAAGUCGAGGAGAACGUCGAGUACGUGGAACGCGAGGAUGAAUUCGACAUCCACCCCGCCGAGCAGGUCCACCAGCGCCGGCUCGAUCUGGAGGAUGAAGAGCCCGAUGUGGUGACCCUGGACCACGCCGAAAACGUCGUCGGCGCAGAGCAGGCCGGCGCCUUCGGUUUGCCGGUCCUCCUAGAUAUUUCGGAUAGCGAGAGCGGCGAGGACAUUAUCGCGGUAGGCCCGGGCACAAUGCGGCGCCGCACCCCCGGCGCUGGGGCAAAUGGGGAUACGGACAAGGAUUCCAGGGCUGGUGCUAAUGGCGUCGCUCGUGGCGCCGGCAGAAACCGCCGGCGGUAA